AUGGUCACUGGCACCCGAUCGCAUUUUGGUCAAGAAAACUCACGGAAGCGGAAAGACGCUAUCAGACAUAUGAUCUGUAAAUAUUAUGGAUUCUAUCGAACGGAAGAUCGCAAGAUAAAUGAUGCCAAACUAUACCUCGAUGCUCGUGUUAAACAGAAGUGGUUAAACUUCGUAGCUGCGUAUGAGAAGUGUGACGUAGCAACGCCGUUAACCUUUGAUGAUAUGCUAUCGCAUCUGGAAAUGCAGAUAAAUGACCCGGAGAACCGACGUCGAAUGGCAAGCCAACGGUUUCAGGAUGCUUAUCAAAAGGAAUGGCAGUCAAUACGCGAGUUCUCCAAAUAUCUUGAGGAUUGGGAGUAUUACUUACCUGCGUAUACUGAGGAACAAAGAAUGGAUAACUUGCGAAGCAAGGUACUGCCUGAAAUACGCAAGGAACUUCUUCAAUACCCCCAAUAUCCCCAAGAUUAUGAUGAGCUUCUACGGCGGAUGCAAACGAUUGAGGAGAAUAUGCCAGAACGACGGCGGGCGAUCCGCAAAGGGAAACCUGUAAGAUUUACAGGCAAUCGAUAUAAUCCUAAUAAACCCAACAACCGUCAGAAUGAGAGGUGGCUACAGGGUGAUAGGAUGUAG